AUGUACAAUAACCAAGCACCACACUCGUCCAGUCCAAACGUUGUGAAUUCAAUGAAUAGAAGCUCGUCAUCCCCCCAAAUGAGCCUUAAUCAUCCUUACUUACAAAGAGUUCAGCAAGGAUCAUCUUAUUCCUCGCAGAGAGGAAGAAUGAGCCCACAACAGAUGCAACAUCCUGUUGCCGAUCAUCAAGUAUUUUCUUCGCCCCCAAUUCAUCAUCGGCAAUCACCAAUUUUAAAUUCUCAAGCAAACUCAAAUCAACAAGGUAUGACCCAGCAAGUAUUGCAACAUCAUCAUCAAAGCCUUAAUAUGAAAUCUCAAACAGCCUCAGCCACUUUGCGGUUUCUCAACGAAGAGUCGGCAGACGAUUUGUAUUCGUUUCAUGAUCCGCACAGUGAAACACUUCAUUCACCACGUUCUCAGGCGAAUCAGAAUGUUGUUCCAUCUUCAUCUUCGGUAAACUCAGCUCAACAUUCCAAUCCGAAUACAGGUAUGAUGACUCAUCAUGCAGAGAGAAUGAAUCAAUCUCAAAUCUCAUCAAAGGUGAGGCACAUUCCGAGACAAGAUCCAUUCUUUCAUCAUCUUGAGUAUAGUGUCAAGUUGGCCAUUGGUGCAGUUUCUUGUUCCGUUUCACGAGUGUACUGUUUGCGAGAUGCUACCGAAUACAAUCAAUUUAAACAAUAUCAACAACUGAGCAUGAACAGCUCGGGAGGUUUCCUUGAUGUAUGGCUCAAUCUGAAUGAUUCAUCUCAUAUGGGCUCCAAUAACACCUUAGAGAGUAUCAUCAGUGAAGGUUUUCAAAUUCCAGAGAAUGGUAUGAGAGUGAGUAUUGGAAGAAUCAACCUUGAUCCCAACACCCAACAGAUGCAUACUUCAUUAAUAGCAAAUCAAAAUUUAAGCCGUGGAAGCACCAAUACCAUCCAACAGCAACAGUACAUGCUUCAAAUGCAACAACAAGAGUCCUUUCUCGGUCAACCUACCUCUCGUCCUCGGGUGUAUCGAUUGCUUCAUUGUCUGUUGAAUACGGGAAGGUCGUUUUGCUUGAAUAGAGACUUCAAUGAGGAAGUAAUUACGAUUCCACAAGGUUAUGACAGUGUUUACAUUCAACCAAACGAGGCAAACCCCAAUUACAGCCACGAAUUCAUUAUCUUUGACGCACGACAAAUAUUUGCUGAUUGUGUCCUCUUUGUCGAGCAUGACCAAGCAGGUGAUGAAAAAAUGUUAAAUCAAGUCAUGUAUAAUGACAUGCUAAGAAAUAGUGAUAAAAUUAUUAGUAAGGCGUACAAAAAGGCGUCAGAUUAUGUGGACCAGUCAUGUAACCCACCCUCAGACGAGAAACUGCUAUUACCAGAGAUUGCUAAACAAAUUCAACAACGUCAACUCGUCAUGUUGGAAUUUGAAAAUAUUGAGAAGAGACGUUUGGAGUUGUUAGCAAAUGCAGGUCAAAUGGAAUCCCACAUAAGAGAACUGUUUAGAAAGUCCAUAUCUUCGCUUCAUGACAUUACGCAACUUAAAUUGAGCACGUUGUUGACACGUGAGGCUGAAUUGAGACGAAAAAUGGAAGAGAUUGAAUGGAUGAAUACAUUCAUUGAAUAUCAACGAACAUUGGAAUCCCCGUUGCAAUUUCUUGAAUCUACCGCUCUUCAUAAGAGAAAGAUCAAGGAGCGACAAGACUCCAUUGAUCAUUAUCUUCUUCAAGGAAAGAAUGUAUACGAUACUCUAACAGUGCCAGACAUUACCGUAGAGGGCAAAAUGGAGGUUGUAUCACAAACCGUUUCUUUGAAUGGAAUGGCAUUUAAAACAAUCCUCAACAGUUACCUUCAUCAGAACCAUGAUGUGACUGCAUCAGGCAACAUGACCAUGAACGAAAAUGCUUCUUCCAUUUUUAAACCUUAG